AUGCCCUAUCAGGCGCCGGAGAAGAAGAGCAAGGAGGCCAAGGGCGGCCUCUGCCGUAAGGGUACUUCGGAUGCAGUGUCCGGAGAGACCGAAAUCCCCUCCUCCCACGAGGGAGACGAAGACGAAGAGGAGGAGGAGGCGGAAAGUGACUCCCCUCUCAAGGGGAGGAAAAAGAAAAGGGCGGCCUCCCUAGAACCGGAGGGGGAGGCGUCCAAGAGGGGGAAGGUGACCCUCUCGGAUGGUUCGGAUUCAGAUGCCAAGCCCAUCCUCGAGAGGCUUCCCAGGGCGAAGCCCCUAGCCGCAUCCCCUGCCCGUGACCUCCCCAAUCCAUCGCUAUCUGAGGGGAGUUCUCUGCCACCGGAUAUGGAAGAGAGCGAGACGCCUCCACGAGCCUCUCCGCCAACCAUCGCGGAUGACACUGAGGUGUUGUCCCGAAGGGCCUCUCCGGGCCAUGGAGGGGUGAGUGAGGCUGUCAAGACGACACCUGAGGGUGAUGCCACGGUUGCCGAGAACAUGGUUGCCUGCCACCAGCACGAGGAGAGGGUGGCCGAGGUGGAGCAAGAGCUUAAGGACGCCAUCGGCAAGCACGAGGCCUUAGAGGAGAAGAGUACGGCCCAAGCGGCCGAUCUCGCCAAGGCCCUCUAA